CAUCCUCCCCCUCGGCCACUGUGACCGCCCACAGUCCGGGGGAGAAAGUGCUGCUUUGUGAAUGAAGGGAGCGGCGGAGGGCACAAAACAAACUUUACCGCCGCUAUUUCCGACGACGGGAGAUUUCACAGUGAAGCGGGAGCCGCGCUCCGCAGCAGGACCAGGAGCUGUACGUCAUGGGGGUGGCUUUGGUCUGGGUGGCAGGUCUCGUCCUGGUGGUGACGGUCGCCGGGGACCCCUGCCUCAUCAUCAGCGAGGUCAACGCCGACAACCCCAAACUGGACACCACUGAGUUUGUGGAGCUGUAUCACACCAGCGGCCAACGGGCCGCGCUGGACGGCUACACGCUGGUGUUCUACAACGGCAACGGGAACGUGGCCUACAAGGUCAUGGACCUGAAGGGCCAGAGCACGGAUGACCGCGGCUUCUUCCUGGUGGGCUCGGUGGACAUGCUGCCCAAACCCGCCAUCCCCCUGCCGCCGAACACGGUCCAGAACGGCCCGGACGCCAUCGUCCUCUACCGCACGUCCGCCGCCCGCUACAGCGAGAAGAUGAACGUCACCGCCGCGGGUCUGGUGGACGCCGUGGUGUACAUGACGCGGCGCACCGGCGGCGCCGAGGUGCUCGCCGAGGUCCUGACGCCGGGCGAGCCGGCCCACGUGGAGGACGAGGCCACGCUGGAGGGCGACGAGUCCAUCGAGAGGUGCCUGCUGUCCGAGGACCGCUGGGGCUUUCAGGUGUCCUCGCCGUCCCCGGGCCAGCGGAACAACUGCACCCCGCCCGCGGCCCCGCCCGCCGGCCCCGUCAUCACGGAGCUGAAGCUGGGGGGGGGGCAGGUGGACGGCUUCGUGGAGCUGUCGGAGGCGCCGGCCGCGGCUCCUCUGGCGCUGGUGGUGCUGGACGGGAGGACGGACACGGUCAGCGUGAGCGUGGACGUGAAGACGGAGUCCUCCAGGAAUGGCCUGAUCUCCACCAGCAUAGACAAGAGCUUCAUGAAAGGGGACGAGUCCGGGGCGGUGGCCGUCUACAGCGGCAGAGCCGCAGACUUCCCCGUGGGCAGCGCGCUGAGCCAGACGCAGCCCUUGGACGCGUUCGUGUUCGCCGGCCCUGGAAGCAGGCCGAGUGCCAACCUCACAGAGACCCUCAUCCCCGGCAGGCAGCCCUACCAGCUGAGCCACAGUUUGAGAGAAGGAGGCUUCUACCUCAGCCGCUGCGGCGUCGCCACCUGGGCCAGAGACCCGGGCGUGUUCUGGGAGGCCCCGCAAACCCCCGAGCAGCCCAACCAGUGCCCCUGGCCCAAGAUCUGCCCCCACAGCAUACUCGUUCCAGGUGGCACGGAUUCGCCCCCUCACCUGCCGCCGUGGGGCAGCAGCGACUUCCUGAUCAACGAGCUCAACACCGACACGCCCGGCGCCGCGGAGGACGGCGAGUACAUCGAGCUGUGGCACCCGUCGGGCCGCCGGGUCUCGCUGCAGGGCGUCUGGAUCCUGCUGUUCAGCGCCCACAACAACAGGCCCUACCGCGAGAUCAGCCUCAGCGGGCACCUCACCACGUCCAAGGGCUACUUCCUGCUGGGCAGCGACAGGCUGGUGCCGGCCCCGUCGCUCCGCCUGCCCCCCAACACCAUCCAGAACGGGCCGGACGCCGUGGCCCUGUACCGCAGCCCGUCCGGGCCGCCGUCCACGCAGGGGGGGAUCCCCACCAGAGGCCUGCUGGACGCGGUCGUGUACCGGCAGAGGGGCUCGGACUGGGAGGCGCAGGAGCUGAGCAAGGCGCUGACCCCGGGUCAGCUGCCUCUGCUGGAGGACCCGGAGGUCCUGCCGGGGGACGAGGCCCUCAGCCGCUGCAGAGGCCUUUAUCCCUAUGAUCUGUCGGCCUUUUCCGUAGCUCCGCCCACCCCUCUGAAGGAAAACAUGUGCCCCCGCCCACCCCCCGUCCCCGAGGGCGUGGUCAUCAGCGAGGUGACCAGCGGCUACUGGACCAAUCACAGACAGCAGAGGGCCUUCGUGGAGCUGCAAGGCCCGGCCAUGACAGACCUGCAGGGCCUGGUGCUCACCGUGUUCGACGAGGAGCACGAUGGCACCGUCAUCGCCGUGCCUUUGAGCGGGUCCAUCGACGCGCAUGGCUUUUACGUCGUUGGAAAUGUCAAGGAGGCAGAUCAGGCUUUCCCAGGAGACUCCACGGUGCCGGCUCGAGGGGCCGUGGUCCUGUGCUACGACUUUUUCGGCGUCUGCAGAGCCGGCACCGCGCUGACCAACUCCAGCCUCAGAGACGUCCUGGUGUUCAGCGAGAACCAGCGGCUGCUCUCCUCCUUGUCCACCGCCAGGGGGCGCCAUGUCCUUCCCGCUCUGAGGUCGGUGGGAGGCGGCCCCGUCUCCCUCAGCCGCUGCUCCUGCUGCGAGCCGAGGAGCCCCUCGUCCUGGACCAGCUCGUCUCCCACGCCCGGCGGCACCAACCUGUGCCCCAGCGCCGCCUUCUCCAGCCACAUCGACCUGUGCCUCGGACCGCUGCCCGGCGACUGGCAGGAGCAGCCAGGAAAUUGCAGCGCUGUGAUCCAGGGAAGGGGGGCGGCUGAGGUGGCGCGUUACCUGGAGCAGAGGUGCCGCUGUGGCAUCUCCGCCUUGUACCUCCAAGGGACCAACUUCUCCUGCGUGUCCGGGUGGCUGCGAGUGUGGGGGGACAUCCAGGCUCUGUCCGACCACCAGAAGACCCUCAUCAUCCAGACGUCGCACAUGAACCCUUCGUCUGGACAGGGGGACGCCUGUUCUCCCCCGACCACCGGCCGCUACACAGGCACGGCCUCCACCCUGGGCCUGCAGAUAGGCCUGAUCGCGGCAGUGCUCCUGCUGCUGGGCCUCGGAGCUGCUCUCGUCGCGUACUUCUACAGGAGGAGGCGCCCGGCGGAUUAUUACACCAUGGAGCUGAGCGAGCACGCCGAGGGUCUGUCCGAUCUAUAAUGCAGGCUUUAAACCGCUGCUCGCGCCUGGAAGCUCGCUGGUCGCGGAGCAGCCCCGUGCGGUCGACGGCGCCACCGAGAUCAAACCAUGGGCGCCAUUUUAAAAGGAGGAUCAAAGGGAGAAUCUUUUCAAUACUUGAGUCCUACUUGGUCAUUUUUGUUGACUUGUUUGUUACUGUUGAAAAAAAGCCUUUACCUGAGAACGUCCGGCUUCAUGCGGAAGCUCCUUCCAUCCUUCUCUCUGCUGGUUCUAUGGUGAUUUAGCAGCGAGCUUUAUGCAUAGGUCUGUAUCUGCCCUUCAAACUGGGUUGGCCUCCUGCUCCAUGCUGUAAAAGUGCUUAAACCAGUUCAGAUGUGGUCACGGAAAAGGGCUUGGUCGUCUUUUAAAUGUGAAUGUCUUUCGCUAACUCGCUAUGAGUGUCUGUAACCACUUUCGUAUGCUUACCUUAAGCGAACUGUUUACAUUUUGAUUUUAAAUUCGAGGAAUGAGCCGUGAGAGUGAAGGCGGUUCUGUUGGUUCUGUCGCUGUACUUGCUUGACGUGGGGUCCAGUUCAGCCGUCUCCGCUGCAGCCAUAAGUGUAAAUACUAUGAAUGUGAUGUUUGUGCGGUGGCUUUUAGCACCAAUCUGAAGUUAAAUUAUUCUAGAAGUAUGAAAAGAUGUAAACUGGCUGAUUUAGUUGGUAGGUAAUAGAUAAAAAAAUAAAAUGAAGGCUUAUUCAAAUAAUCAGAAUCGCCAAGAUCAAGUGCCAUGACCUGAACCUGGAGAACAUUAUAUUUUUGAUAAUGUCAGUGCCGCUUGCCUUGUCCUGUCGCUUUGCUCGUGGCAUGAGGUGAAGACGUUUGCUUCUUUCACCUCAGUAGCGGCUGAAAUCUUCUGAAUGACAUCUGUUGAUACGUUUCCUAUUAUAUAUGAAAUCAGAUUUAUUUUAGAAGCAACGCGGAUGCUUUGAGCUAACUAUUAUGUAAAAAUGAAAAAAUGUAGAUGUCAAAGCAUCGACAUGAUGUAAAUUAAGGCUUUUUUUAGCUUUAAAUGCUUAAUUAGGUUAUGAAUUGUUGAAUUUAAUUGUUUGUUUUCGUUUGGUUUCUUUAUCUCUGUGCUGUAAAGUCUAAUAAUAUGCAGUAACACAAAGCCGGAGGAUUCAGUUCCACCUCAGGAUCACACCCCAGAUAAUAUAUAGCUGCACUCAAAUGACACAGCUGUAACACACACAGGACAUAGUUCAAGUGGUGCAUCCAUCCCUUUAUGUACAGUACAUGUGGAAAUAAAUAAAAACUGUCAACAAUUUCUAUUCAGCAUUUCUUUCAAAUCCUUUCUAUUCAUUGUUCUUUUAAUGGUUUGUGUAUCAAAUUAGAAAUAAAAUACUUUUCCUGAGGUGCGUUAAA